AUGCCGAAGAACAAGGGAAAGGGAGGCAAAAACCGCAAGAGAGGAAAGAACGAAGCCGACGACGAGAAGCGUGAGCUCGUAUUCAAGGAAGACGGUCAGGAGUAUGCCCAGGUGCUCCGUAUGCUCGGAAACGGCCGUUGUGAGUCCAUGUGUAUUGACGGCACUAAGCGUCUCAGCCAUAUCCGUGGUAAGAUGCACAAGAAGGUCUGGAUCGCAGCUGGAGAUAUCAUCCUUGUUGGGCUUCGUGAUUACCAAGACGAUAAGGCGGAUGUCAUCCUUAAGUAUAUGCCGGAUGAGGCAAGGAUGGCGCUGGUGAUGAUUAUAUCGAGUUUGAAGACGAAGACAUCGACAAAAUCUAGGUUUUCAAAUUGUGAUGGAAUGAACAAAAUUGAGUCUGAGGGGAGUUGGGAAAAAUUGAUGUCUUCCAUGGAUCCUACCCCACCACCAUCACCAGAUACUAUAAACUCUGAUAACUCGAUAAGCUCAACAGACAGGCUUAACUUGAACGAUUUGCACACGAUCUUCUAUGAUUGUUGUGAAAAGAUAGCUGAGCAAAAAGGUCAGGUGGAGCGUAUGAAGGAGGAGAUGGGUCGCGAUUACCUUCAUUCUAGGGUGGAUGUCCUUAACAUGUAG